AGCCUCCGCCGUCUUCCGAUUCCAAAACUUCAGGACUCAUGCAAUAGGUUCCUAGCUUCUGCCAAGGUUGUCCUUAAUGAUGCUGUAUAUAAUCGAACGGAAGAAGUGGUUCGCUCAUUUGAAAAGGCCGAAGGACCAGAACUUCAAAAGGCUCUGAUCGACUACGAUCGAAACCACAAAGACACAAGUUACAUCUGUGAGCCAUGGUUUGAUAUGUACUUGAAAGCUCGUAUACCAUGUCCGGUCAACUAUAACCCUUUCAUGAUGUAUGCGCCGGAUCCAAAUCCACGAUUUAACCAUCAGGUAUCGCGUUCGACGAACUUUGCCAUCUCUUUCGCUCGGUUUAGGCGUGCUCUGGAUGCCAAUGUUUUAGCUCCCGAGGUGUUCCAUCUUAACCCUAAGAAGAGCGACACGAAACUGUUCCGAAACGUUUGCAAAUCACUUCCAGCGAGUCUUUCGUGGUACGGAGCCGUAGCAUUCAAGGCUUUCCCUCUUGACAUGAGUCAGUACAAAUCCUUGUUCAAUGGAACCCGUAUUCCAAAAAAGGAUAAAGAUGUUCUGUAUCAGGACACGACACAAAAACACUUCAUGGUUAUG